AGUGGAGGAAGAGGACAGAUGGGGUCUGAGCCCACAGCUGCCUCAAAGUGACCACGGACCAAGCAGUGUGUCAUGAAUAAACAAGGCCACCUUCACUCCCCCAGAAAAGAAGAAACGCUCCUCUGAAAUCCAUCACCUUUUGGGAGUCUUCAAAGUAACCAAGGAUUGAAAAGAGCUGGUGUCCAGGCCCCUGCCUUCCUGUCCGCAGCAGACAGAGUGCAUGAGCGCCUCUCGACUUAUGUCCGACAUGUCCUCCCAUGACUCCUACGACUCCCUGUCGGACGCGGCGGAAGAUGGCGAGCACACAGACUUCCUGCCCGGGCUGUCGGCCUUCCUCAGCCAGGAGGAGAUAGACAAGAGUCUGGACCUGGCCCGCAGAGCCAUAGCCAACUCAGAGACGGAGGACUGCGACUCGGAAAGGGAGGACUCACAGAUUUUCAGCCCCUCUCCUGGGAGCCUCUGGGCGUCGCCUCCCCCUCAGGAGGCCAGGCCGGGUGAGCACGCGACCCCAGGGACGCCCGGCGCCCACAGGCCUGCACCUGUCCCGCCGCUGCCAGCAGAGCGAGCCGAGCGCAUCUCCUCGCCUGCGUCCAGGAGGAAGCCCGGCGUCCCGCCCCUGCUGGCCCGGCCCAGCUACAUCCGGAGCCUCCGCAGGGCAGGGCAACACGGUGCCAAAGCCCCCGGCGCCAGUGCCAAGCCCAGAGCCGCGCACGGGGGCAGGGCCGGGCCCCAGGGCCCGCUGUGCAACAAGGCGGCCACCCUCAUCGAGGAGCUGACGGCCAUCUUCAGAGAGACCUCCAAGCCGAGAACCAGGAACCCCAACGGGGAGUCCUCCUCCCCGGACAGCGGGUACCUGUCCCCGAAGAACCAGCUGUCAGCCCCGAUGAGCGCCUCGGCCAGCCGGAGCCCCACCGGGGACCAGCAGGAGGUGGAAGCCGGGGCCGAGCCCCUGGAGCCCGGGCAUCACCUCGCGGCGGCCCGGGACGUGGUCCAGCCCAGCCGGAGCCCCUCUCCCCCGGCCGCCCGCCACCUGCUGGCCGCUCCCCGGUUCAUCCAGAAGCUGCGGAGCCAAGAGGUGGCGGAAGGAAGUCGGGUGUACCUCGAGUGCAGAGUCGCCGGGAACCCACCGCCUCGGGUCAGAUGGUUCUGUGAGGGGAUCGAGCUGCACGACAGUCACGACAUCCAGAUCCGCUGGGACGGGGGUGACCUGCACACGCUGGUCAUAGCCGAGGCCUUUGAGGACGACACGGGGCGCUACACCUGCCUGGCCGCGAACCCCGGGGGCUCUGACACCACAUCCGCCGAGGUGUUCAUUGAAGGUGCCAGUUCAACAGAUUCUGACAGUGAAAGUUUAGCGUUCAAAUCAAAACCUGGAGCCAUGCCACAGGCUCAGAAGAAAACAACUUCCGUCUCCUUGACGAUAGGAUCAUCCUCCCCAAAGACAGGGGUGACCACAGCUGUGAUUCAGCCACUGUCUGUCCCUGUUCAACAGGCUCCCAGCCCCACCUCGUGCCUCUGCCGGCCAGAUGGAACCGCAGCCGCCUGCUUCCCGCCUGUUUUCACCAAGGAGCUGCAAAGCAUCUCAGCCUCCAAGGGACAGGCGGCCGUGCUGGAGUGCCGGGUCCGGGGCACGCCCCCGCUGCAGGUCCAGUGGUUCCGACAAGGCAGCGAAAUCCAGGACUCUCCGGACUUCCGGAUCCUGCAGAAAAAACCUCGAUCCACAGCUGAACCUGAGGAGAUCUGCACCCUCGUUAUAGCAGAGACGUUCCCCGAGGACGCCGGGAUCUUCACGUGCUCGGCGAGCAACGAUUACGGGUCAGCGACCAGCACUGCCCAGCUGGUGGUCACCUCAGCCAACAUGGACACCUGCGGCUAUGACUCAGCCAGAGAGGCCAGCAGUGGCUGCUUCCAGCCCUCCCCGCUGCCCACUCCAAUCUGGGAGACCGCCUCUUUCGAGUUGGCUUCCCAGAAACCAGCUGAGAUCCAGCACGUGACCGGCCCAGUGUUCGGGCGGAGCCUGGCGGCCCUUCAGUUCAAUCCCACUGCGGAGAGGGAAACCAACGGCGUCCACCCGGGCCACGGAGUGAAUGGACUGGUGAACGGCAGGGCUGAUGGUGGCAAAGCUCUUCCCAGCGCGGCUGUUCUGCUGUCACCCGCAAAGGAACCCCCGCCUCUGCUUGCCAAACCGAAACUGGACGCGCUCAAGAUCCAGCAGCUGCAGCAGCAGAUCCGCCUGGAGCGCGAGGCCCGCGCGCGCCCCUCGCCGCCCGCGUCCCCGGAGCCCCCGGAGCCGCGCCCGGAGCCCAUGAGCGCGCUCGCCGCCCGCCCCGCGCCCGCCGCCCGCCCCGCGCCCAACAUGCAGGCCUCCGGCUCCUUCAGCUACGCGCGCCCCAAGCAGUUCAUCGCCGCGCAGAGCCUGAGCCCCGGCGCGCCCCGGCCCCCGACGCCCGCGUCCCCGCCGCCGCCCGAGGCCGAGGCCCCGUGGAGCGCGCUCCCGCCGCCGCCGCCGCCGCUCAGCCCGCCGGCGGCCGCCCCCGGGCCCGACGCCUUCCCGCCGCCGCCGCCGCCGCCACCGCCGCCGCCGCCCGGCCCGGGCUCCACGCCCCGCGCCGCGCGCCCCGGCCCCGCGCCCGCCGCGCUGCUCCGCGCCCUGCUGCCCUCGCCGCCGCCGCCCGCCGCCGCCGUCUCGGCCGGCGUCUCCGCGCUCGGCCUGCCCCGCGCCGCCCCUGCCGCGGGACUGCCCAAGAAGGCCAGCAGGACCGCCAGGAUCGCCUCGGACGAGGAGAUCCAGGGCUCGAAGGACGCCGUCAUCCAGGACCUGGAGCGGAAGUUGCGCUUCAAGGAGGACCUGCUGAACAACGGGCAGCCGAGGUUGACAUACGAGGAAAGGAUGGCUCGGCGGCUGCUGGGCGCCGACAGCGCGACCGUCUUCAACGUCCAGGAGCCUGAAGAGGAGGCGGCCAGCCAGGACGCUGGGUCUCCUCAUGCUUCUGUAGGGAGCCCUCUGGAUGGUCAAAAGGAGUACAGAGUCUCCAGCUGUGAGCAGAGGCUCAUCAGUGAAAUCGAGUACAGGCUGGAAAGGUCCCCUGUGGAGGAAUCAGGGGAAGAGGUUCCCUGUGGGGACGCGUCUGUGGAGAGUGGAGUGGCCCCAUUCUUCGAGAUGAAGCUGAAGCAUUUCAAGAUCUUUGAGGGGAUGCCCGUGACCUUCACAUGCAGGGUGACCGGCAAUCCAAAGCCGAAGACCUACUGGUUUAAAGAUGGGAAGCAGAUCUCUCCCAAGAAUGAUCACUACAGCAUCUGGAGCGACCCUGAUGGGACCUGCUCUCUGCAUACCGCGGCCUCCACCCUGGACGAUGACGGGAAUUACACGAUCAUGGCUUCGAGCCCUCAGGGCCGCGCCAGCUGCACGGGACGCCUGAUGGUGCAGGCCGUGAACCAGAGAGGCCGCAGCCCCCGCUCGCCCGCCGGCCAGCCGCACGGCAGAAGGUCUCGUUCGAGAUCCAGGGACAGCGCCGACGAAGGCGAACCGAUUCAGGAGCGGUUCUUCCGGCCGCACUUCCUGCAGGCUCCCGGCGACCUGACGGUCCAGGAGGGCCGGCUCUGCAGGAUGGACUGCAAGGUCAGUGGGCUGCCAACCCCCGAUCUCAGCUGGCUGCUGGACGGCAAGCCCAUCCGCCAGGACAGCACCCACAAGAUGCUGGUGCGAGAGAACGGGGUGCACUCUCUGAUCAUCGAGCCCGUCACAGCCCAGGAUGCCGGCAUCUACACGUGCAUGGCCACCAACCGGGCUGGACACAACUCCUUCAGCCUGGAGCUCGUGGUCGCAGCUAAGGAAGCGUACAAGCCCCCCGUGUUCCUCGAGAAGCUGCAGAACACGGGGGUGGCGGACGGGUUCCCGGUGCGGCUGGAAUGCCGGGUGUCCGGGGCGCCGCCGCCGCAGAUAUUUUGGAAGAAGGAAAACGAGUCGCUCACUCACAGCACGGACCGCGUGAGCCUGCACCAGGACAACUACGGCUACGUGUGUCUGCUCAUCCAGGGAGCCACCAAGGACGACGCUGGCUGGUACACGGUGUCGGCCAAGAACGAGGCGGGGAUCGUGUCCUGCACGGCCCGGCUGGACGUCUACACCCAGUGGCAGCAGCCCCCGCCGAGCACCAAGCCGAAGCGGGUGCGGCCCUCGGCCAGCCGCUACGCCGCGCUCUCGGACCAGGGACUCGACAUCAGGGCCGCGUUCCAGCCCGAGGCCAGCCCGUCCCACCUGAUGCUGAGCCCCGGCCUGGUGGAGAGCGAGGACCUGUGAGCCGGCGCUCUCCGCCGAGCCCGGACACUGAAACCGCCGCUGCCUUGACCCACACCCUCCUCUGUCACGGGACGUAAAAGGCAGAGACAUACCUUUGGCUCUAAGAAACAAAAGGACACCAAAAUCCUACUUUUCUUCCUGGCAAACCAGACGUAGAGGCUGUGUACGCGACGCGGAUCGAUAGGAAUGCACACCUUGCACGCAGAACUCACAUUCAUCAGCCAGUUUAAAACUUUGGGAAGUGCUGUGAUUCAGGGGGUCUGAAAUGCCAAAGUGCUCACGGAAAAAAGGUGACCACGACCUGUGUUGUCCCGAGUGUCUUCACUAGCGUAGGUGCUGCCACGCAGCGUGAGCUCGGCGGGCUCCCCGGAGGUGGCUGCACCA